AAGUAAAAAACUAAUAGAGAAGGAAGAAAGAAUAUAUAUAUACAUAUAUACAUACAUAUAAAUAAGUAAAAACAAAUAAAGAGAGAGAAUUACAGAAGUAAUAGUAGUACAAGAGAUAGACAAGCUAUAGUGUAGUAUAAUCUCUUAAACGGUCUGACCAAGGACAACACCAUUAAGAGAAGUACCGGUAUGUAAAAAGGUUACACCAGCAUUUAUUAAAGAGCCAUGGUUUCUUUUUGAGAUUAAACAUAAUCUUUUCUGAAGGUAAAUAUGAUGAGAGCUCUUUAAGCCAAAAAGAUACACUCAUCUUUAGUAACUCUUUGACAGUCAAGAUGCACCACCAGGACUUUUCUGCAGACCAGCCUGCUGGGACCGGGAGUAGGAAACAAGCCUACCACUACCGGAGAGGUAGCAGCAGUGCCUCUGCUCCCUCCACACCCGGCGGCAGUGGAGCCAACCCGGCUGACGACAUUCCAGCCCAGCCUGGAUCCAACUCUCCAGCUCUCCAUCAUCAGUCCCAAGCGGCUGGCGCCCAGGUGAAGAAGAAGAGUGGCUUCCAGAUAACAAGUGUCACCUCAGCUCAGAGCAACGUGAGCGGCAACAACAGCUUGGCAGAUGACACCGAGAGCUAUGAUGAUAUGGAUGAGUCCCACACAGAAGACCUCUCCUCCUCAGAUAUGCUGGAUGUUUCCGUGUCCAGGGCCACGGAUACAGGUGUGCCGGAGAGAAGCUCCUCUGAUGAGACGCUCAAUAGCCUCCAUGGGGUGGACACGCCUGGGAUUGUGUCACCCAACGAGCCUCUUCACCCUCAUUCCAUCCCUCAGGGGUCCCAACAACACACCUCCAUGGUGAAUGGGACCAUGCAUUAUUAUCCUCCGCACCAUCAUCACUCUGAUAGCGUGGGAGGAAGUGAACCAGGACUUCCCGUUGCUCCUGUGGCGAGCUCCAGCCCGGCUAUGGCGUCCAAAGCCGGGCAGGCACAGAGGCAACCGAUGCUGGAUAACAGUAAACCUGCAGCCCAACCUAUACCCCCUAUGGUUGGUGGGACAGAUCCACAUCUACAAGGCAGUGUUUCUAAUGUGCCUGCUGCUGCUGCAGGUCCUUCUGACAACACUAGUGUGAGUGGGCAAGUAGUUCCUGCUGGAGGAGGAACAGCGCCCAACGCUCAAACCCAGCACACCCAAACUCAGACCGCUACCGGCUCUCGUUUUCGGGUGGUCAAACUAGACACUAAUUCUGAGCCGUUCCGCAAAGGAAGAUGGACGUGUACAGAUUAUUAUGAAAAGGAGGUUCCUCAUCCGACUACAUCUGAGGCACCAAAAGGUGUCGAGGUGGCUGUGGAGACAGAAGCAGGAAACGUACCUGCUGUACAGCCACCUCACACGCUUCAGUCCUACCAGCAGCCGAGCCAGGACUUCACCAGUCCACAAGCAAUGCAGAGCCCACAACAGGGAUUGGCCCAAACGACUACUCUGACCUAUGUUUCACCCCAGGAGGUUGUUGCUGGGAGCCACAUGCAGCAACCAGUCGCUAAUGUCAUGCUCCCGACAGCAAUGCCACAGCUUCCCGCUGUAAUACCCCAGCAGCUGCCCUACACUGUGGAUCCCCACCAGGCGGGAGGUUACCCUGUACCUCAGUUCCACACAGGGGUCAUAGCUCCAGGAAGUGUCCGACAGCCAGACUUUAUCCAGCCCACUGCUCCCUUCCAGACGCAGGUCCAGCCUCCGCUGCCGCAUCUUACAACGGGAAUCUUACCACCAAUUCCAGGGGUCACAGCACAGCCGCCGAUCAGCAUUACUCAUCAGCUACCACAUCCAGGUCAGCCAGCUUUUACAGGACAGCAACAGACCCUCCCACCGCCACAAAUCCAGCCCCCCUCCACUGCUACAGUCCCAGUACUGCCCACCCACAUGUCCCCCUACAUGCCUUUGACUGCACUACAAGCUGACCUUCAGCCUCUCCUCAACCUGGGUGCGACGCUCACCCAGGUCCCCGGAGGAGGGAGCUCCAUAAGGGCGUCCCAGCUGGAGGACGCCCAUAAGCUUCUGCUCCAGCACCAGGGCCUGCUGGGGCUGCCGGGUCUGCCCAGGCUGGGGGUGGCAGUAAGCAGAGAGGGGGCUGCGGAGGCCGGCGGUGCUGCUGGAACGCUGGCCCACAUGGGGAUGUCGGCUGAGGCCAGCGCCUUCAUGGCCGCUGCUGCAGGCCUCAGGACUCAGCACGCUGAAGGAGAGGACGACAGCUCCUCUGGUGCAAGUGUGGUGGCCAUUGACAACAAGAUUGAACAAGCAAUGGACCUGGUGAAGAGCCACCUGAUGUACGCCGUGCGCGAGGAGGUGGAGGUGCUGAAGGAGCAGAUCAAGGAGCUGAUCGAGCGCAACACCCAGCUGGAGCAGGAGAACAACCUGCUGAAGAACCUGGCCAGCCCCGAGCAGAUGGCUCAGUUCCAGGCGCAGGUUCAGACCGGCGUCUCCCCGACCGGCAACGCUGCCGCCGCCGCCGCCGCCGGCCAGCCUCCGGUCCCGGUCCCCGCCGGAACCACGCAAGCCCUCCCUUCCUCACAGAGCUCCGGCACGUCUGCGUAACACAGAGGAUGAGAGAUCGGGGGGACGGGAGAAAGAAGAGGAGGAGAAAGGAGCCAUACUGUGAAGUGACCGACUAUGCCACCGUCUCGAGGAGCGGAAACCGGAGGACGAACUUUAUUUUUGUUGCACAUUUAAUUUAAAAGACUUCGGAGUUCGCUUUUCUUACCUGCUUCAGACAAUCUUCAUCGAGGUGAUGAUGAUGAGGGGGAAGUACAGAGCUGACAGGAACUGACAGGAGGAGGAAAGUACGCUCUACCGUCGAAUCCCUCGCCGUGUGACCCGUGGAAAGUGUGCCAUCGUCUUCGCCCCUCAGCCCAGCACUCUUCAUCAGCACAUUUUGUUAUUUCCUCAUGCUGUGGUCCAUGCACUUUUUUCAGUGGACGAACUAUCAACCCAUCUGGAAUGGGAGUUUUUCUUUAUCUGAAGACGCCGACACGUCGUCUGGGUUGAGACGGGGGGGUUAUUAUAAAGAAUUUUGAAUAUAUAUAUAUAUUCGCCAGGCCUCAUUCGUUUUUUUCACGUCGCCGUCCCCACCCUCAACGCACUCUCCCCGCUCUCAGAUGGAGCGUUAACAUUAAUGCAGGGAUUCAACGUUUUUUUUAGGGAAAGGUUAUUUGUUGUAAUUGUGAUGUGUAAAAAGUAAUUGAUGGAAAAUAAGUAGGACAUGACUGUUUCUAGGUAGUGCAAAUUUCCAAUUAAACUCUGCCAAGUGCCUGGUUUCUAACCAUAGAUACAUAUAUAAGCUUUUUUAGUUGUUACUCAAUAUGUGUAUAUAUAUGUAUAUAUAUAUAUCUAUGGUUUUGCCAGGUUUUGACCUGUGAUGUCAUUACUCAGGGCGGCAACACAAGAGGAUUAUUGACCUCGACUCUAGCUCUGCAGUGACACACGGCCUCGUACUGUACGUGAACUCUCCUCCGCCGUCGCUCACUUUAUCUGGACUGUUUUACCGUUUUGGGGACGCGUGAUUUCUUUUUUUUUUUUCUUUCAUGAUUUCUUUUUUUGUCUUUUGUACAGCCAAGUGUUUUUGAGUUGCUUGUCGUGCAACUGGAGCGCUGAACACAAUAAUAAGACAAAAAAGGUAAAGAUAAAGGAAAAUGCCUAGCAGAAGUAUGUCGAUGUUUUGUGCAUGUUCCUCAGCCCAUCACAAAUGUGACGUUACAAUUGCACUAGACAGUUGCACCUCAAAUAAAAAAUGAAAACAAAAAAAAGGGAAAA